AGAGGCAGGCGAUGAGGGGUUAACCUGAGAAGGGGGCACUGAAAGGGGGCCCCGCCACGGAGGAGGAAAUCCAGCAGCCUCGGGAGUUUUGUUUUGAAGCCCUGGACGCACCCAGUCCCGGGCAGCCGGCCAACGAGCAGUUUCGUUUUCUGAGGAAGUGACGGGUCCGGGGAGCAGGACGGGAGAGAAGGCGGACGGGGCCCGGGGAUCCCUUCGCCCUCGUUGGGGGGCAGAACACAGCCCAGAAUCCAGAGCAGGGGGGCUCGGAGAAAGCCACCCCCCGGAUCUGAGCACAGCCGGGUGACCCAGCAUGGAGCCAACCCGCCCGGGGAAAUCUGCAGCUACAAUCUUUGUGAAAACCCUCACGGGCGAGACUCUGUCGGUGGACGUGUAUUUGGACGAGACCGUGCUGGAUCUGAAGAGGAAGAUCGAGGCCCAAGAAGGAACUCCGGUCGACCAGAUGCGUCUGAUAGCCUCAAAUCCAGGCAGACAGCUGAACAAUGACUGGACCCUGCGGCGCUCGGGGCUGACCGAUGGCUGCGUCGUCCAUUUGGUUCUAAGAUUGCGUGGUGGUGGAGACAUAACGACAACCCCCCUUCUUCCAGACUCUUCCAGAGGUAACGCCGCAGAUUGUCCUAGACCCGGAGAGGAACAAGACCAUCUACAGGACGACAAAUAUAAUGAGGACAAAUGCAAAAUAAAAGGGAAAGGUCUUGAGUUGGAAAUGAAUACGGAGACGAUUAUUGUGCCUUUGGGAUAA